AUGGAUUGGAAUGGGACGGUCACGCAUCGACAGAGGAUCGAGCUGAACAUCCCGUGCAGCAGCGAGCCAAGCGAAUACCCCUGGGGCAACGCUACAUGUCAAAUUCUGUGGCGUAGUGAGCAUAGUCAAGAAUCCAUGAGAUUAGUGUGGGACGAUACGACAUAUGGACAAUUUGGCACCGGGGAAAGAUUGGUCGGUGAUCUCCGAAUGGUCCAAGUCGACUUCACCGCCCAUGAGCAUCAGAAGGAUUUUUCGAGCUACGAUGAGCUGACGAUAAGCUUUACUUUUAAGCGUUCUCUCAACAAAACCGUCUACCUCUUCUUCUUCCCCUCAAUUUUGUUCAUCGGGAUUAGUUGGCUGUCCUUCCUGCUCGGUCCGAUGGCAAUUACGCGAGCUAUAUUGGUCAUGAGCUCAUUUAUAUUGUUGUAUUUGCAUUAUUACUUUAAUAUGGCCGGGUUGCCGGAGACGUCUGGAAUUACUUCACUCGACAUAUGGAAAUUAUUCUCGUUGCUUUUCGUUUUUGGCGUACUCGUUGAGCUCGUUUCGGUCAGCUGCAUGGCGUCUAUAGGAAGAUCGCGUUCAAUCCAAGCCUGUUGCCGCUCAAAAAAGAAGAAGGGUAAGUACGAGAUGGAGCCGCUAUAUGAGGAGCUGAAUGAUUUGAGGCAAAGAAAAACCAGAAGAACCUGUCGCUGCGAUCCGGCGCUGCACCACCAUUGCUCGAUGAGAUGGGCUACGGGAGUAUUCCACUGCGAAACCUGCCGGCAAACCGUCAAUUUUGUGGAUAUGUUCGAGAAAGAAAACCGAUAUCUGGAUCGUUUUGAAUUGGAGAUCCAAAAUGAUGACCCUUAUUCAAGCACCGAAGAGGCGAAGAUGCUUAGAAAGCGCCGUAACUUCAUCCACCUCACCUGCCUCUCCGCAAACGAACAAAUGACGCAAAAAGUGAACGCCGUGUGGAAGUGUGAUGAUUGCCGGCCCGAGGCAAAAACACCCACCUUCGCCGAUCUCGGUGUA